AUGCAGUGAUAUGUUAUCUACCUGCUUUCAAGAGGGGUUGGUGCAUGAAAGGAGAGAGCUCUGCUGUUUGUUGACGGUGUCAGAUGAAAGGAGAGAGCUCUGCUGUUUGUUGACGGUGUCAGAUGAAAGGAGAGAGCUCUGCUGUUUGUUGACGGUGUCAGAUGGUGAUGGAUGAUAUCCGACACCACUACAACAACGUCUGGACAGCUAUACAGUGCAGGCAGUUUUCUGCAAGUGAAUAAGUGACUGGACUCAAAGGUCAACUGAACACAGCAGCAACAUGAGAGAUUACGAUGGAAUCACAGCUUUCUUGGGAACAUGGGGACCCUUUCAGCGGACAAUCUUCUUGGCAUUGGCCAUCAGUAUCCUGCCCAAUGGGUUUACUGGUAUUUAUAUAGUGUUUGUAGGUGAUACACCGCCACAUGAAUGCUAUGUUCCUGAGGAGUAUAAUAUCAGUGAGAUGUGGAGAAAUGUGACCAUCCCAAUGGAGACAAUAAAUGGUGCGUCGCAGCAUAGCUCUUGCUCAAGGCUCAAAGUGGAGACAGUUAGAAACUACUCUAGCCUAAAUAUCAUUCCAAAUGUGGAUGUCAACGUGAGUGAAAUUGAGCUGGAAAGUUGCUUGGAUGGUUGGAAAUACAGCAAAGACAUCUACCAGUCAACAUUCGUCACUGAGUGGGAUGUGGUGUGUGAUAAUGCAUACAAAGUUCCCUUGACCACUUCAAUUCACUACUUUGGUGCGCUGGUGGGAACGUUCAUCUCUGGCCAGCUGUCUGACAGGUUUGGAAGAAAGCCAGCACUCUUUACUAUGAUGAUAAUCCAGAGUGUGGCCACUUUCGCACAAAUAUUCUCCCCAAACUGGCAGGCAUUCACUAUUUUUUUCUUCUUUGCUGGUGCUGGAUCAGUCUCAAACUACGUCAUAGCAUAUGUUCUUGGGACAGAAAUACUGAGCCCUGGAGCUCGUUUGGUAUUCUGCUCUCUUGGAGUGUUCCUGAGCUCUGCGAUUGGCUACAUGUUCAUGCCGGCUGUGGCAUACUUCAUCCGUGAUUGGAGGUGGUUGCUGGUUCCCAUGACAGGCUCUGGAAUAAUAUGCCUCCCGCUAUGGUGGUUCAUCCCAGAGUCCCCCAGAUGGCUGCUCUCUCAGGGAAGAGUGGAGGAGGCUGAGGCCAUACUGAGAGAUGCUGCCAGAAGGAACAGAGUUGAAGCACCAGAGGUCAUCUUCACUCCCUCAGAGGUAGAAGAUGCUCUGGCCAUGAAGGACAAGAAACACAACAUUCUGGAUGUCAUGAGGAGCAGCAAUGUGCUUUCAAUAAUAAUUCUGUGUUCCCUUCUGUGGAUUAUUAUCACAUGUGGCUACUUCGCCCUGAUUUUGAACACCUCCAACCUCAGUGGAAAUCCCUAUAUCAACUGCUUCCUGUCUGGAGCUGCAGAAGUGCCAGCCUAUUUCAUUGCCCUGUUGCUGCUCAGAUACUGUUCCAGACAGUUUUGCCAGUCCUCCACUCUUUUCCUAGGGGGAGCUGUUAUUCUCUUCAUUAACAUGGUCCCAACAGAUCUCCCAGGAGUGGCUAUCUUCCUGGAGAUGGUGGGGAAGUUUGGCUUCACGGCAGCGUUCUGUGUAGUGUACGCAGUCACGUCGGAGCUCUUCCCCACCGUGGUGAGGAACAUGGCCAUGGGGACGUGCUCCAUGGCAGCACGCAUCGGAACCAUCAUCUCACCCUUCAUCAUCUACCUCGGAAAUUACUACAAGUACCUACCAUACAUAUUGAUUGGUAGCUUUGCAAUACUUGGGGGUCUGUUCUGCUUCAUUUUACCUGAGAGUUACGGCAAGGUUUUGCCAGAGACCAUCUUACAGAUGCAGCAUAUCAAAGGGUGUCGAUGCAACACAGACCAAGACACCGAAAACGUAGAUAGCAAAUCAGAGUAUAGGAAGGAAUCUAAAUUGUAAAUCUUGUACUUUUUCUUCUAAGCUGACAUAUGGAAUUGUUUGAACAUGGUCAAACCAUGGAUCAUUUAGCUAUUUGAUUUUGAAUUUUAGGACCCCUUUAGGUAUAAAAGAAUAUACUGUAUAUAAAAAAGUUAGUUGAUAAAAUAUUGAAUUUGGCCUUUACUACUCUAGCCCAUAGAAACACAUUGAAUAACACAUUCAUAAAUGGCAAAAAAGACUGUAAAAAAAUAAAUAAUAAGGAAUAAGGUUUUGAAGUGUCUGUCCUAUAUCUAGGAGAUAUAAGAAAGCUCAGGAAAUAUUUGUUUUUUUGGACACAUAUUUAACCCCUUAUUUUUGUUGGCCCAAAACAACCUCCAUACUUCCAUUCAUUUGUAUGGGUCACUAGUCCCGUAAAGCAAAACGGAGAACACCAUCAUGUUCAUGAGAGUCCCCUUUCCACAGUCAUACAGUAUAAGCUUGUAGCCCAAACGGUUCGGACGCUACAGAGAGAAGUUGGCACAUCAGCAUUACCGAAUUCAGAUGAGUCAUGUGGAGCUUGUGGGGGUCAUAGAGAAAGAUGGAGAACCAGCGUGUUUGUGAGACUUUUUCGUGAGAAGACCGAUUUUCAGGAUGUAUCAAGGUCUGACAAACACUGCUGUAGCUCGGCCAUCUUCCUCUGCAGAUGCGGAAGGACAACAUAGCCUGAUGUUGAGGAUUGAGAAACAGCCCAAUGCAAAAUACAUACAGUAUCUGUAGCAUAAACUGACAGAUUUUGAUGGGGAUUAUUAUGUAACUUCGAUUGAUGCACAGGUGCAUCAAAAGACUGUUAAGGAUUUUUAUAUGAAUGUACUGUACACCUAAACUUCAUACAACUAGCAAAAUGAAUGGUUAAGUUACAAAACUUAUCACAGCAUUUGGACAUUAAUCGUGUAGAGGUUAAAAGAUAAAGACAAGUUCCUAUUGAA